GCUGUUGUUUCAGUUUGGGUUAGAGCUGGGCUGAAGUGAUCCUGACAUUUCUGGGAGGUGAUCCAACAAAAGAAAGGGGGAGUGGGUGAGAGAAAAGAGUGAGGCAGGAGAAAGGAGAUCAGUCAGCUCAGGGAGAGCUAGGUGAGGAGAAACUGUUUGCUCAGUAUCACGUUUGUCUCUCUCUCUCCUACUUCUGUCUCACUUCUGCCUGGAAAACCUAUUAGCAUUGAUGCUCAGCCUCUCUGGAGACAAAGGAGCCCCUCUCCAUAGAAGAGGCCAGUACUGAUGGGGAGGGUCGUGAAACUUUAAAAGAGAAAGAGCGAGGGAGAGACCAAGCCACCAGCAUCCACAGCCCCAGCACUCCUCACACCAGAGCAAUGUGCCUCUCUGUGGCUGCGGAGGAGAAAAGGCAGAACUGUGGCUAGAUGGAGAGAAGCAAGGGUCCUUUAGGAAGUUCUCCUUCACUGCCCCCAAUCUGGUGAAGAAGAAAGAAAAAGCAAGCCACAGUGAGCUGCACUUUCCCUGGAGGAGCUUGUUCCUAGUGGAGGGGAAAUUGUUCUGUUGCUGGCAUCACACCCCGAUGGCAAAGCUCUUGGUAUAAGGAAAGUCUCAGGGAGGAAUCGCUUUUGGAAGGAGGCAUUUGCUGUGUGGCGAGUCCCACCAUGAAUUGGACAGUGUUUUUGAGCUUUGCGGUACUUUGGGCAGCAUGGCUAACAUGUGGCUCAGAAAGACCACUGAGGCAAGCUGAUAGAAGGAGUCUAGGAGUCAAAAAAGUACCUCAAGGCCACAGGGGACGUAAUACUACUAGACUGUCUUUGCAGACAAGAACUGAAGCAUCUCACAAACUGUUUAGUCCUUCUGGGAGGUUUCGCCAGCGGCCCCUUGUCAAAAGGGAUUCUUUGGAGCCCAAGAGCCCACAAGCAGGCCCCAUGCACCCAUCUCCUGCUCAGGCAAAGUAUGCCAGGACUCAAUUACGGCCAAUUCAAAGACAUAAGUCAGAAAUGGUUAGGGAUGAGAGCGCAUCCAGCACGUUUCGGUCACGCAUGGUGCGUUUCCCAUCAGGAUCCAGUUCUCCCAACAUUCUUGCUAGCUUUGCUGGAAAGAACAGAGUCUGGAUCAUCUCUGCUCCUCACGCCUCUGAUGGAUAUUAUCGGCUCAUGAUGAGCUUGCUGAAAAAUGAUGUGUACUGUGAACUGGCCGAGAGGCAUGUGCAGCAGAUCAUCAUGUUUCACGAGGCAGGUGAAGAGGGCGGCAAAGUCAGGAGGCUCAGCCCUGAAGGAAAGAUUAUGGAGCAGCCUCUAGAUCCCAGCCUCAUUCCCAAACUCAUGAACUUCCUGAAGCUAGAGAAGGGGAAAUUUGGCAUGGUUCUGCUGAAGAAGACACUGCAGGUUGAGGAGAGAUACCCUUAUCCAGUCAGACUAGAAGCUCUAUAUGAGGUCAUUGACCAAAGCCCCAUCAGGAGAAUUGAGAAGGUCCGUCAGAAGGGCUUCAUCCAGAAGUGUAAAGCAGCAGGAGUAGAGGGCCAGGUUGUUGAGGAAGGCAACAAUGGUGGUGGUGGUGGUAGCAGCGCGGGAACGACAUCAAGUGGUGGGCAGACCCAGACUUUCUCCAAGAAAGAAGAAAACAGGAAAAGCAGCAUCCAGCCAACAAGGGUUAAACUUUCAAAGAAAGUUGCAGCUACCACAGUGCCACCACCUCCCCCUACAACUAAAGCCACUGCCUUCCCUCUCCUGACCACAACUCCCAGGUCAGUCACCAGAAUAACAACAAUUGCAAGCAGGCCUGCACCUACCACCACUAUCACUGCUCCUGUUACCCAGAGAACAUGGACCACAAAAUCACACACAUUGCUUCCCACGGCGCCUGUGGCUACUCCUGCUCGAGUCACAGAGAAUUUCUACUCUCCUGUAUGGAAAGAGAACCGCAGAGAAAGGCAUCCAGGCCACACACAGAGAAAGCCAACAGCUACUAGGAGACCCAGCAAAGCUGUUCAUUAUGACACUUCCACGGAGAUCCCGACACCCUCCUCAGAGUACUACACAAGGGCAAGUGCUGGACGCUAUAGGGACAACCGCACAGACAGGAAGGAGUACAGCACCAGGGAUCCCAGUGUCACAUCAGGUCAAAACAAGCCUGCUAAAAGCAAGCCACCUAAAAAGAAAGCCCAAGACAAACUGCUGAGCAAUGAAUACGAGGAUAAAUAUGACGCAGGGCAGCCUGCUGUUCCCCGCUUAGAGGAAGAGGUGCCAGGGAGGAAUAUCCCACCCAAGAAAGGGAAAGAUCCCAAGAAACACGAUCGCUUAGAUAAAGCUGAGAAGAAGAAGAAAGAAAGAGCUGACAAGAAAAAUGAGAAGCAGGCCAAGAAGGACAAAGCUGCAAAGAAAAACAAGCAAGAGAAAGAGCGUAACAAGAAAAACAAGAAAGCAAGCAAAACGGAGAAUGAGGGAAUCCUGAAAUCCAAUGCCAAGUCUUUCACACAGACAUCCAGGAAGUCCGUCUUAAACCUUUUGGAUUUAUUUGAAGGCAAAAGACGUCUCCUGGUGAUCACGGCACCCAAGGCUGACAACAACAUGUAUGUUCAACAGAGAGAUGAGUAUCUGGAAAGCUUUUGUAAAAUGGCAACAAGAAAAAUUUCAGUAAUCACCAUCUUUGGCACUACAGACAACAGCCGCAUGAAGAUCGACCACUUCCAGCUAGACAAUGAGAAACCUAUGAAAGCAAUAGAAGACGAAGAUCUUACAGACCAGCAUCUCAUUAAUGAACUGAGGAGAGAAUAUGGGAUGACAUACAAUGAUUUCUUCAUGGUGCUGACAGACACUGAUAUGAGGGCCAAGCAAUAUUAUGAGGUGCCCAUAGCUAUGAAGUCUGUGUUUGACUUGAUCGAUACUUUCCAGUCUCGCAUCAAAGAUAUGGAAAAGCAGAAACGUGAUGGCAUUGUCUGCAAAGAUGACAAGAAACAGUCACUGGAGAACUUUUUGUCAAGAUUCCGAUGGAGGAGGAGGCUGCUAGUGAUAUCUGCUCCUAAUGAUGAGGACUGGGCUUAUUCUCAGCAGCUUGCUGCCCUCACUGGGCAAGCCUGCAAUUUUGGUCUCCGUCAUAUAACUGUCCUCAAACUUUUGGGCCUUGGAGAAGAGAUUGGUGGAGUGUUAGAAUUAUACCCAAUCAAUGGGAGCUCCAGUGUAGACAGAGAAGACCUCCCUGCUCAUUUGGUGAAAGACAUCCGCAAUUAUUUCCAGAUCAGCCCUGAAUAUUUCUCCAUGCUUUUGGUUGGAAAAGACGGGAAUGUCAAGUCCUGGUACCCUUCCCCCAUGUGGUCGAUGGUGAUCGUCUAUGACUUGAUUGACUCUAUGCAGCUUCGGCGACAGGAGAUGGCGAUCCAACAAUCCCUUGGCAUGAGAUGCCCAGAAGAUGAAUAUGCAGGGUAUGGCUUCCACGGUUAUCACCAAGGAUAUCAGGACGGUUACCAAGACGAUUAUCGUCACCAUGAAGGUUACCACCAUGGAUACCCUUACUGAAAUUAGCAAUUUAACCUUUGACUGGACAGUGCUUGGAAAUCUUAAACUUCGCGCCAUGGAAAUCUUUUUAUGGCCAUUGAACAGUUUUCUUGCAUUCAGUCACAAGAUUUCAUAACUAUUGGACUUUGGCCUUCUCUAUAAUAUGCAUAUCCGUGAAGCAAAAUAGGUCAAACUAGUAUCACUGAUGGCUUAUGGAAUAAAGACUCCUUUGUAUUUCAAAACCCUUUUAAAUUGAGGGUUUUAUCAGGUGCUGUGUAUGUAUAGACCCCCCUCUUCCCCCCAAUCCAAUGAUGAACAUUGUACUGUAGGCACGAUAUAAACUGUACAAUAGACACUAAUACUUAUAUAAGCUUUCUUUCUUCAUUUGAAGAGGGAAGAUAUUUAUUGGAAA